AUGGAAAGCAUCACUGUUGCAGUUAGAUUUCGUCCACUUUCUAACGCAGAAUUCGUGCAGCAAGAAGAAAUAAUUCGCUCCAAUCAAGAAAAAUUCAAGGCAAAUUUUUCAUCAGAAUUUUGAAAAAUUUUCCAAGAAGAAAACACAAUUUUGAAUACAAAAACGAGGCAAAGUUUCACAUAUGAUAAAGUUUUUUCUGAGUAUUCUUCAAAUGAAGAGGUUUUUGAGUCUAUAGCAAAGCCUUUUGUUUUAAACGCUUUAAAUGGUAUCAAUACAACAAUUUUUGCCUAUGGUCAAACCUCUUCAGGAAAAACCUACACAAUCCGAGGUAACCCUGAAAAUCCUGGCAUUAUCCCUCUCUCAAUCAGAGAAAUUUUUUCAGCAAUCCAAAACCAGCCUGAGCGCGAAUUUUUAUUGCGCGUUUCCUAUCUUGAAGUCUACAAUGAACAAGUAAACGACCUUUUAGACCCUACGAAAGCCAAUCUUGACAUCCGAGAAAGGCUUGAUAAAGGUGUUUAUGUCGACAAGCUGACUGAAUACACUAUUUCUAAUGAAUUUCAAGCUUUAAACCUCCUCACUACUGGUGAAGCCAACCGAAAAAUUGGGGAAACCUCUAUGAAUUCUCAAAGUUCCCGCUCCCACACCGUUUUUCGGAUCUAUAUAGAGUCUUCCUGCAGCUCUGACGAGUCAAAAAUCCUUUCUUCUCAGCUAAAUCUUGUAGAUCUCGCUGGAAGUGAAGGCGUCCAACAAACCAAAGCAGAAAACCCCUUACUCCCCCCCCCCCCUCCGUGAGCGAACAAAAAAAUUUUGUUCACUCACGGAGGGGGGUUAAUUUUUUUUUUUAAAAACAAUUUAUAUAUAAAUUUUAUAAAAAAUAUUUUUUUUUCGAAAUUUAAAAAAAAAUCCUAAUUUGCAAAAAUUGGGAAGCAAAUACUAAUUUAAUUUGCAAAAUUUAUGUUUUAAAACGCAAUUUGUUUAAAAUUAAACAGAAUUAGCUCUAGAUUUCAUUAUACUAAUUAUCACUUAUAUAGCAAAAUUUUUUUCUAUUAAAAUUUUUUCUAUUAAAAAUAUUUUUGUUCACUCACGGAGGGUGGGUUUUUGGUCAAAAAAUGGCGAUUUUUCUAAUGGUUUUGUUCGCUCACGGAGGGGGGGGGGAGUUAGGCUCCGAGAAGGCUCCAAUAUAAACAAAAGCUUGCUAUCUCUUUCAACUGUUAUACAAAAGCUCUCAGAAGGCGCUGCUAAAGGGAUUAACCCUUUUGUAAACUACAGGGAUUCUAAAAUGACAAGACUUCUGCAGCCUGCACUAUCAGGGAAUUCAAAAACUUCAAUAAUCUGCAAUGUGACGCCUGCAAUUGCGUAUUUCCAAGAAUCAAUAAAUACGUUACAGUUUGGGGCCAAAGCGAAAAGAAUAAAAACUAAUGCAAAAGUCAAUGAAGUGGUCAGCUCAGAAAGUCAGCUGAAAAAUAUGCAGGACGAGAUGAAAAAGCUGCAAUGCAGAAUAGAAGAGUUGCAAGACUCAUUAAAUGACAAAAACCAUGAACUGACGAGGCUGAAAAUAGAAAAUAAUGAAAAAGAUACAUAUCACUCAGCAAUUUUAGAAAAGGUCGAAAAUGAUAACGAAAAUCUAAAAAAAGCGCUAAUUCAAAAAGAAGACCAGCUCAGAGAAAUCCAAAAUAGGAUUGUACAUUCAGAAAGGCCAAGCCCUGCAAGCUUUAAUACUCCAGCUUCUAACGAAGAAAGAAGAAGCAGAAUCCAAUCAAGCUUGUUUAUGAGCCGAAAAACGAAAAAUCAAACAAUUGAAGACAAAGAAUACAUAGCGACCUUAGAGACCAUGCUUAUAGAAAGAGACGAAAAUAUAGCAAGUUUAAGAAAAGAUAUAGAAAAAAUAAAAAAUGACUAUGAAGAAAAAUACCAAAUUAUCAUAAUGGAAGGCGAGCUUUUAAAUGAACAAAUCCAAAAUCAUGUAGAAAAUACUAUCGAUGUCCAGCAGUAUAUAGACUCAAUAAAUUCUUUGGAAAAUGAAAAAGAAAUGCUAAUGUUUCAAAUUGAAGAAAUGAAAAUUCUGAAAAAUAAAGAAAUUGAAGAAAAAGUGGCUGAAAAUAAUAGACUGAGGGAAAAUAUAGGGUUUUUGAAUGCAAAGAUUGAUGAGUUUAUAAGGAGGGAUGAUGUGCUGAUGCUAAGCAAGCUGGAAAGAGACUAUCAGGAGCUGCUUCAAAUUUUGAAUAUGAAAGAAGUAGAAAAAACUGAAAGGCAAACUCAGAUUGAAAUCCUUAAUGAAAGAAAUAAAGUUUUGCUAGAUAAAUUUGAGGAACAAGCUAGAAUUGUGAGAGAGCAAGAAAUCCAGAUAAGCGAGCUAGAAAAACAAAUAGAAGGAACCUUUGGAAUGGAAGCUAAAGUCAAGGAAUAUGAAGAAGUUUGUUUAGCUGCUGUAUCUUCAUAUGAAAAUUUAGAAAAAGUCAAUAAAAAUCUAACUGAGGAGCACGCUAACUCCCCCCUGCGUGAGCGAACAAAACCGUUAGAAAAUCCCCUAUUUUUGCCCAAAAACCCACUGUCUGUGAGCGAACAAAAAUUUUUAUGAAAAAAAAAUUGAUAUAUAAAUGAUAAUUAUUAUAACGAAAUCUUUAGCUAAUUCUAAACAGUUUGCAUUUUAAAACAUAAAUUUACAAAUUAAAUUAAUUUUUUUUCUUCUCAAAUUUUACAAAUUGGAAUUUUUUUAAAUUUCGAAAAAAAAAUUUUAUUAAAAUUUAUACAAAAAAUAACCCCCUCUGUGAGUGAACAAGAUUUUUUUGUUCGCUCACGGAGGGGGAGUAAGGAUUUAGAGAAAUUAGAAAGUGAGCUGAAAUUUCUGUAUGAGUACAUUGAAAGCAAAGAUAAGCCAUUAAAUGAGACAGUCAGAACUUUGGAGUCUCAGCUGAAAUUUGAAGCAGAUAAAAAUGAAAUUUUGUGUGGCGAAAUUAAUGAGUACCAAGGAAUAAUUUUUGAAGAAAAAAAGAAUAAUGAAGAAAAUUGUAAAAAGUUAGAAAAAAUGCUAGAGGAGAUGAAAAUAAUGAAAGAAAAAAGUGAUGAGGAUAGAGAAAAGCUCAAAAAUUAUGAAAAUAUUGAAAAUGCGAUAAGGGAAUAUAAAGGGAUUAUAGAAGGUUUUGAAAAAGAAAAAGAAGAAUUAAAUAAAAAAGUAUUAGAAUCACAAAAUAAUUUAAAUGAGCAAUUGAACUUUAUAGGAGAGAUCACUAGUCUUUUAGAAUCCACUCAGCUAGAAAAUGAUGCACUUCUUUCCAAAAACUCUGAGCUAAGCUCCAUUUCCACCAAUUUCCAAUCAAAAAUAGCUGAGCUAUCAACCUUAUUAUCAUUAUCGCAAGCAGAAAGCCAGUCUUUAAUGAAAAAAUCCUCUGACCUAGAAAUCUCAUACAACUCUUCUCUAUCAAAACUUGAAGAAUUUUCAGUUCUAAUAAAAUCUCUCCAAUCAGACAGCCAAUCUCUUAUUGACCAAAAAUCAGAACUUGAAGCUUUAUACAAUGCUUCUCAAUCAAAACUUGACGAGCUUUCCAAUUAUCUACAAGAGAAUACAAAUGAAAAAGAAAAACUUGAGCAUGAGAUGAAUGAAUUUAAAGCCAGGAUGGCAGAUUAUGAAGCUUUAUAUACAACUGCUCAGUCAAGACUUGAUGAAUUGUCUGAUUUUUUGCAAGAAAACUCUAAUGAAAAAGACAGUUUGGACACUGAAUUGUCAAGCUUAAAAACAAAAAAUGAAGAACUUAUACAGAAGCUGGAAUACUGUGAAACAGAGUUAAAUGAAGUAAAAUUGGCUUAUGAACAGACAAAUGAAGAAAACUCAAACUUGGUGUCAAAAAUAGAAGAAUUAGAAAAAAAUAAUAUAAAUAAAGACCAUGAUAAAUUGCAGGCAACGCUAGACAAAUAUUUGCAAGAAAAUUCAUCAUUGAACCAAGCAUUGAUACAGAAGGAUAUAGAAUACUCAAAGCUCAAAGAAGAAUUUUAUCAGAAUCAGCAGGCAGCUAUUAAUAGAAGUAAUGAGAAAAAUAAAGAAAGGAUUUUUGAGCUUAAAGACCAGGUAGAGCAAUGGAAAGAAAAAGUACAAGAGCACGAAAAGGCCUUAAAAGACAUAAAAGAUGACAAAAAGAAGCUCCAAGACACCCUUGAGCAGCUAGAAAAAGAAAACUCUGAUUUAUCAAAUUUGCUUUCAAAAAAAGAAAAAAUAAUCUCUAAAAGUGAAGAAGAAAUCACAAACUUAAAGAGGAGGAAUUCUUAUAAAAGACUCCAAAGUGACUUGAUUGAUGAAAACAUGGUAAAGUCAAUCUUUGAGUCUGAAAGGCAUGAUCUUCACAAGAAAAUCCAAGACGCUGAAUUCAAGCAAAAAUGCUCAGAAGAGGACUUACUCUGCUCAUCAGCAAAAUUAUUAAAAAAAAUGCCUCAAUUUUUUUUUAAAAAAAAUCCGAUACUAAAGUAUAUAAAACCAUGCUAAUAAUCAAAGGAAAUGCUAACAAAAUUCAAGAAAAGCUAUGAAAGCAUCAAAAUUGACAACGAAAUGCUUCUCCAAGGCAGCCGAAACCUCACCAAGCAAAAGCGAGAACUAGAAAAAUCCUUACGUCUCCUCGAAGACGAAAACUCCGACCUCAAAUCAGAGCUGCAAAAGUUCAAAAAACUCCAAGAAAUGUCCCCAAUUGACAUCAUGCCUCGCAAGCGUGGUGAAAAGAAAAAAGGCUUCCUCCCGAGCGAGCUAAAAAACAGCCGAAAGGACCGAAAAGAGCUGAAGCAGCGUGAUUCUGAUUACUCACAAAAUUGUGAAACUCAAUAA